AAAUGCACUCGGCCUAUUAAUGUGAAAAGUGCACGUGUAUUAUUUCUUAGUAUACAGAUAAAAAUGAACAUCAGUAAAAAAGCCACAAAGUUCACAAAACAAACGGCUAUUGAGUUGAAAGCAUACAGAGAUGAUUAUGAUAAAGAGGAAUUAAAGAGAACAUUUAUAGAGGCAGUAAAAAGUAUAUCAAAGAAAGAUAUUAAGACAGAAAUUCUACAAAAUGUUGACAAAUAUGUGAAAAAGUUAGACAAGUUUCUCAGGAAAUCUCAAAACAGGCAGCAUGUUAGAGAGGAGGGAGAUUUGCCAGAAUUCGACUAUAAUUUAUAUCAACAAGACGGACAUCAACUUCAAAACACAGAGGGUAAAACAGAAACAGAAAGAGAGUUAUUAGUGAACCAAAUUAUAGCUGAAAGAAUUCAUCAGGACCCAGAGGUGUUGAAUUUGUUAGAUGACUUCCCACCAGAGAAUAAAAGUUUUCCACAGUUGUCAAGUUGUCACAAGUUGUUGAAAUUGACUUCAGGAUCGAAACAUGCAGAGACAUUACGACAUAUAAUGCUAAAAUAUUUCAGAGUUGUACAGACUCAAGCAGAAGAUUUAGUGGCUGGUGAAGAAACAGACCGAUGCUCUGAGAUGGCAACAGAAAUAAGAAAUUUUGUUAGUGUAUGUCAUCUGAGAAAACAACACUGUGAUCAGUGUGAAGAUGAGAAAAAGCCAUCAUAUGAAGAUAUAUUAACAUCACUUUUAUCGCUGUAUGUGGAAUUGUUCCUACAGUCUAAUAGGUCAGGAAAUAACAAAAACAAGACAGGGAGACAACUCUGUGGCUUUGUAAAGUAUUUGUUACCAUGGCAGCAACAUCAGCUAGACUUACUUUUACAAUUGUCAUCCGUAACGGAAGAAGAUGCAACAGUUAUUAUUCCUCUUGCAAGGGCUAUAUUGAUAAAGACAGAGGAGUAUCCUGAGGAAAAGAUUUAUCUUAGACAGGUUUUGGCUGUAAGGUCCCUCCAUAGUAAAGUAGGGGAUGCAGUGGACGACAUCAAUGAGACAAUGAAGUCAGUGUCAGCGCCAAGAAAACUGCUGUCAUGGUUAAGAAACCAAGAUGCACCCCUAGUUGAGGAAUUUCCAAACGAUAAAAGAUUUAAAGGGACCAUUGUGACAAAGUUUUUGUUAGAGGAAGCUACAGAGGAUCAGACUGAAAGACUAACAGACAUAUUUUCUUAUAAUGAAGCAGAUGAUGAAGAGGAAUCGCCAAUGGAUAAAACUCCUUCUAAGGGAGCACCAUCUACCAAACAGAAAGAAGAUUUAGAACAGCUCAAUUUCUUUAUUGAUACUGGUGUGAAACAGGACAAGUUGGAAUCUGCUGCCAAUGAAGACUUAUUCUACAUUGAUAAGGGAGGAUUAGCUUUAGGACAGAAUAAAGCAGAAGACAUGAAGGACCAAUCAGAGGAUGAAAAUGAGGCUGAUGUAGCCAUGGAUACAGAUCUUAAUGACAAUGUAGAAAAGAUGGAUGUAGAAAUAUUUCACAUUGAUACCUCUUUAACUAUGACACUGAAAAAAGAUGAAAACAAACAUUUGGAAGAAAAAGAGAAUGAAAUAAUUACUAGCGAUGACCAAACAUUGGAGGCAGAUAAACAUGAAAGUUUUGAGGAAUCAAGUGAGAAAAUUGAGAAAUCAAAGCAAUCUAAGAGGAGACAGUCAGAGCCAUUGAGUAAAAUAAAUACACCAAACAAAACAAGACGGAAAAGUGAAGCAUACAGUUUAAAGAAAGGUAUGACAUUACGUACAAGAAAAAGUAGUGCAUCACAUGAUUAGCAGAAUUGAGAUAAUUGUUUCAAAACAUUUUUAAACUACUCACAAGAAGAACUUAACAAAAUCUAAAAGAAUUUUCAUUUUCAAAUGAAAAGAUUCUAUAAAUGAGUUUUAGCAGAUUCUGUGCUUUGGUUGAAAUUCUUAAAUAUCUAGUAAGGAUAAAUGUUAUGCUUGCAUUGUUUAUAUCAAAGAAUGAUAAAUGUAUGAAUUUAUGUUAAUGAUUUGUAAAUUUUUAUAGAAAUGAUAACAUAAAAGUUCAUUUCCAAUGACAAUGUGUUAUUUUGAUUAACUACUGAAAAUUCAAAAAUUAUUGCGAUUUUAUGAUUUUAAACUGAAACCAUAAAUGCAAGUUUAAA